AGGAGCAGAGAAAAUUUUCAAUAUGAAGAUGGCUGACGGCUCUACGAUCUUGAGAAGAAAUAGACCCGGAACAAAAGCAAAGGAUUUUUCCAACUGGCCAGAUGAGGUGUUCGAGGAGAUGGACAGCACGCUUGCCGUGCAACAAUACAUUCAGCAGAUGAUCAAAAAGGAUCCAUCGAACGUCGACCAAAUUCUUACUAUGCCCGAUGGGCAAGACGAGGGUGUAUGGAAGUACGAGCAUUUGAGACAAUUUUGUAUGGAACUCAAUGGACUAGCCGUAAGGCUACAGACGCAAUGUUUUCCGGCUACUUGCACACAGAUGACGGCUACGGAACAGUGGAUCUUCUUGUGCGCUGCCCACAAAACCCCGAAGGAGUGUCCGGCUAUCGAUUACACCCGGCACACGCUCGAUGGUGCUGCUUGCUUGUUGAAUAGUAAUAAGUAUUUUCCCAGCAGGUACGACCCUAGGGUAUCCAUUAAGGAAUCAUCUGUAGCUAAGUUAGGUUCGGUUUGCAGACGCGUGUAUCGGAUUUUCUCACACGCUUAUUUCCACCACCGGCGAAUAUUCAACGAGUUCGAGGAGGAAACUUCGCUCUGCUUGCGAUUCACCAACUUCGUUACGAAGUACACGCUCAUGUCGAAGGAAAACUUGAUCGUACCCAUUCCGGAAUGUGAGCUUACGCCGGGGGAAAGUGAAGCCUAAGUGGCGGACAAUAUCGUCGACAGGGAAACGGCACGCGUUUGAUCGUGAGAAGAAAAGCAGAUAAACGUAACCGUUUAAUGCCGAACGAGAAGAUUAGAAUCAACCCUCGUCCUGGUAAAAAGGAAAAACAAAAAACAACCGAACCUGCACGGAAAGGCGCCUCACAGAGUGUUGAAGGACAAUAGGAACAAACAGUUUGAAGGGGAUAUUAUAUCCGGGUUCCCCACACGCUAUAUUCACUCGAAGAAACGCUAAAACCGCUAAAGCCAAAAACGGCAGUACAACAAACAUCUGAACGAAUACGCCAUACAUUGGUCUAUUCGAUUGCGUAUUUUACCUUCCUUAAACGACUUUACAUGUAUCAUAUAUUUAUAACUAACUUCUUUUUGUUCCCUCUCGCGUUCUUCUGUUCAUCUUUCAAAUGUCUUACAUUCGGAACGGACUUCUAGCUAGGAUUCGCUCUAUCCCUCAGAAAACAAAAUAUUGGAAGGAGUUAGAAAAUCCACUAACAUGCACGUUAAGUCACGCACCAAAAUUCAUUGAUAACAUCUUUUGCUGCAGUCAACAACCAAACAUAUAAGUGUAGCGGUGGAAUUGCAAUAUAAAGUGAAAUAGUGUACGUGUGUGUGUGUGUGCGAUUAUAAAGAACAAAAAAACAUAUAGCAAAAGAUAUUAUGCAAACAAAAACACAGGACAUUAACGUAAAAAAAGUAAUAUAAUAGGUAAUCCUAUGAAUAUAUAAAUAUUCAUGUAUAAAUAGUGACACUAUUAUUUAAUUGAACAAAUCUACACACAACUCAAGAAAACAGAAAAAAAUCAUCGGUAAAAAGGUGCCCUAAAUACGUCCUGUUGCCCAACGUUAAAUUUAAAUAAAACCAUUUAAAGUAUAGCAAAACUGUCGGGAGCAUUUGAAACUCUAAUAAUACGAAUCGUAAUACCACAGGGACACAGAAUGAAUCCACUCAGAAUUGACUAGAUUUAUGUGUUUCAUGUAAUUAUUUUUAAUUGACUAUUCAAUGACCCACAUUUCGUUCCGUCAUUUUCUCUGUUCUCUGUUAACUUUGACAAUCUAACAAGGUUUUUAAGCAAGAAUCGUUUCGUGGUUUAAAAAAGAUAGGCUGCAUUUCGUUUCUUUACAUUUGUGUUAUUGUAACCACUCCCGACCGAUUGCCCCUUGGAGGAAAAACGGAUGAUCUGUGCCGUGGACAACUCAUUCGAAGAACGAACUCGAACUCAAAUCUGUAGUGAAACGAAAAAUCAUAUGCGAAUAAACAAACACCUUUCACUAACCGGGAACACGAGCAAACUCAACCGACAUCCGGCGUAAUCUAUCAUAUAGUAGUUACAUACAUGCAACGUGCGUGAGACGGCGAAACAUUAUAUUAAAAGCAAACUGUAAUGUAAGGAGAAAGUAAUAAAAUACAUUGAUCUAAUACU